ACGAGAAGUGGCGUGGGACGGAGUGGAGAGAGUUGUUAUCGAGAGGGAGAACAGAGCGAGGCAGGAGCAGAGCAGAGCAAGGGGGUGUGUGAGUGUUUUUAGGAGGUCAAAAAAAGGAGCACAACACGGCGUGAAUGAAAGAGGCAAGCUGGCGGACUACAACAUGGCAUCCGGAGAUACUCUGUACAUUGAGACAGACGGCUCGGAGAUGCCGGCCGAGAUCGUGGAGCUCCACGAGAUAGAGGUGGAAACGAUACCGGUGGAGACUAUCGAGACCACGGUGGUCGGCGGGGAGGACGACGAGGAUGAUGAAGACGAAGAAGAAGAAGAAGAAGAAGACGAAGAAGAAGACGACGACGACGACGGGCAGCCCAUGAUCGCGCUCCAGCCGCUAGUUUCGGACGACCACAACUCGAUCCACCAUCACCACCACCACCAUCACCACCAUCAGGAGGUGAUCCUGGUCCAGACCCGGGAGGAGGUGGUCGGUGGGGAUGACUCGGACAUGCACACGGACGGCGGGAGCGGGUUCGAGGACCAGAUCCUCAUCCCGGUACCUGCUCCCGGGGUGGAGGACGAGUACAUCGAACAGACUCUGGUGACUGUAGCCGGGAAAAGCUCAGUGGGUCGGAUGAAACGGGGAGGCGGCAAUGGGGGCAAGAAAACGGGCAAAAAGAGCUAUUUAAGCGGAUCGGAGUCUGGUGGAAGAAAAUGGGAACAGAAGCAGGUGCAAAUAAAGACACUAGAGGGGGAGUUCUCUGUUACAAUGUGGGCAUCGGAUGACACUAAAGACAUUGACCAUGAGUCGGUGGUGGAGGAGCAGAUAGUCGGGGAGAACUCCCCUCCAGACUACUCGGAGUACAUGACGGGGAAGAAGCUGCCCCCUGGUGGUAUCCCGGGCAUCGACCUCUCAGACCCCAAACAGCUGGCAGAGUUCGCCAGGAUGAAACCCAGGAAAGUCAAAGAGGACGACGCUCCUCGGACGAUAGCUUGCCCUCACAAAGGCUGCACAAAGAUGUUCAGGGAUAACUCGGCCAUGAGGAAGCAUCUCCACACCCACGGGCCACGCGUGCACGUCUGCGCAGAGUGCGGCAAGGCCUUCGUCGAGAGCUCCAAACUCAAACGUCACCAACUUGUUCAUACGGGGGAGAAACCCUUCCAGUGCACCUUCGAAGGCUGCGGGAAAAGGUUUUCUCUGGACUUCAACCUGCGCACACACGUGCGGAUCCACACUGGAGACCGACCAUACGUCUGCCCUUUCGACGGCUGCAAUAAGAAGUUUGCGCAGUCAACCAACUUAAAGUCUCACAUUCUCACACACGCCAAAGCCAAAAAUAACCAAUGAGAGCCCACUUACCAGCGUUCAGCCUCAAAGACGGAAAAAAAGAGCGUCCUCGCGGAACACCUGAAACCUCUUUGGAGGACGGAAUGAAAAGCUUGAGACUUAUUGAUUUAUAUGGAACAAAGAUCUGAGAUGAAGAGACUUAAGAACACUGAAAUUCAGCUAGUUUUCCUGCGUCCCCUUUUCUUCUGCUGUCAUAUUUGGAUGAGGAACACAGAGACUAUUCCCCAAAGCCCCGGCCAACACAGUCCCUCCGUUGCUCCAGUGGCACUUAGCUGCCAGAAGAUGGAACUCGUGGACAAACAUCAGAGACUUAUUUUUACCAGAGCAAGAAGAGAAGCAGCAGUCUAUUCGUAUUUUUAUUUUCUCACAUAGCUUUUAUUUUCCCCAAGUGUGCAUAUUGUACACUUGUCUCAGGCUAUGUUAAGUAAAAUUGUGAUUAUUUUUUUCCUCUCUUGCAUUAUCGUACCUAUGAUACAAAAAAGGCCCCAGGCCUCUUUUGACCCGUUUCACAUGUAUGAGAAGUUUAAAAACAGCUGUAUGUUUGCAUUUCCAUACCCUCUUUGGUUGUAUUUUUCUCUAACCACAAAAUAACCGUGUAUACUUGUAUUGUAUGGCUGUAUUGAAAUUACGUAGACAUAGAUAGAGGUGUGAUUUAAAGUGUUAACCAAUUAAAAUUUUAGUCAUGAGUUGCAUUAUAUUUUCUAUAAACUGUCUUUACACAGAUGAAUGAGUAGCAUAAGCUUUACUCGGAGCGUGUCUCAGUUAAAGGAUCUGGAGCGUGCAUUGAAUGGACUGACCAUCACUUUCUUUGUUAGAAUGUAAUGUACAGAUGUCAACCAUUAACUUCCUUUGUUCAUAUAUUUACACCCAUGUAUCUCAACUGCCCACAAUAAAAUGGCUCAUUCCAACCCUGUUGAAAAAGACACACA